UGAGCGCGGCGCGCGCCGAGCGGAGCAGGCGGAGCGGGCCGGCAGGGGCGGAGCGGAGUCGUCCGCAGAGCAGCCCCUCCCGGCCUCGGCCGACCCCGGCCCGUUGCCCGGCCCGGCUCUAUGGACAGGAGCUCGCUGCUGCAGCUCAUCCAGGAGCAGCAGCUGGACCCUGAGAACACAGGCUUCAUCGGUGCGGACACCUUCGCUGGGCUGGUGCACAGCCAUGAGCUGCCCCUGGACCCGGCCAAGUUGGACAUGCUGGUGGCCCUGGCCCAGAGCAACGAGCGGGGUCAGGUCUGCUACCAGGAACUGGUGGACCUGAUCAGCAGCAAGCGCUCCAGCAGCUUCAAGAGGGCCAUCGCUAAUGGACAGCGGUCACUGCCCCGAGAUGGGCUGCUGGAUGAGCCUGGCCUAGGUGUCUACAAGCGGUUUGUGCGCUACGUAGCCUAUGAGAUACUGCCCUGUGAAGUAGACCGCCGCUGGUACUUCUACCGGCACCGCAGCUGCCCGCCCCCUGUGUUUAUGGCCUCAGUCACCCUCACCCAGAUCAUCGUGUUCCUGUGCUAUGGGGCACGCCUCAACAAGUGGGUGCUGCAGACCUACCACCCCGAGUAUAUGAAGAGCCCCCUGGUGUACCACCCUGGGCACCGCGCUCGCGCCUGGCGCUUCCUCACUUACAUGUUCAUGCACGCUGGGUUGGAGCAGCUGGGGUUCAAUGCCCUCCUGCAGCUGAUGAUCGGAGUACCCCUGGAGAUGGUGCAUGGUCUCCUCCGCAUCAGCCUGCUCUACCUGGCGGGUGUGCUGGCAGGUUCCCUGACUGUCUCCAUCACGGACAUGCGGGCCCCUGUGGUGGGGGGCUCUGGAGGGGUCUAUGCCCUGUGCUCAGCACACCUGGCCAACGUUGUCAUGAACUGGGCUGGGAUGAGGUGUCCCUACAAGCUGCUGAGGAUGGUGCUGGCCCUGGUGUGCAUGAGCUCUGAGGUGGGCCGGGCCGUGUGGCUGCGCUUCUCCCCACCACUGCCCUCCUCGGGCCCACAGCCCAGCUUCAUGGCACACCUGGCUGGCGCAGUGGUGGGGGUGAGCAUGGGCCUCACCAUCCUGCGCAGUUACGAGGAGCGCCUGCAGGACCAAUGCGGCUGGUGGGUGGUGCUGCUCGCCUAUGGCACUUUCCUGCUCUUCGCCAUCUUCUGGAACAUCUUUGCCUAUGAUCUGCUGGGUGCCCACAUCCCCCCACCGCCCUGACCUACUCCCAGGGCCACCUAGGCUAGGCCAAGCAUGCGGUGGGUUGACCACCAGGCAGGCCUGCAUGUUGCCCCUGGUGAACAGACACCUCAAGGCUGCUGCUCUCUGUGGGGCAGGUGGGCCCUGCAGUCCACUGAGCUGAGGCCAAGCCUAACACCAGCCCUGGCUGCCCCUCCCAGUCCUGGGGAGAAGGUUGCUGGGCCAGGGUUGGACAGAGAUCCCUGAAGACAGCCCCAGAGAAGACACCACCUUACCAACCCCACCCCAACCCACCCCAAGGACUUGCAGUCUGAGCCUUUUGGGGAGAAUGAAUAAAUAUUUUACACGGUGCCAGG